GUGGAAAUAAUCUCCGAUAGAGGCACUGGUAAGCCGCGAGGUUUUGCAUUCGUGUCGUUCGAUGAUUACGAUCCAGUGGACAAAUGUGUGCUCCAGAAGAGUCACCAGAUUCAGAACUAUCGUUGCGAUGUGAAAAAGGCGUUGAGCAAGGAAGAAAUGGCAAAGGUAGCUUUUCUUGUGCUGUAA